GACAGAGGCCUUUUCAGUCACAUAGAGAUGGAAAUAUUCAGGAGCAGGUGCAGGGACACAUGAGGGCAAGGGCAUGCAAGGCAUUGUAGCACUUAAAUUUACACUUCAAAUACUGCUUUCAGAUUGUGAGAAUCUAAAAUGGCAGCGUUAAGGCAAUCCACACUUUGUUUUUAUGUUUUUUGUCUGUUAAUGUGGGUAUGCCAGGCCAAUGAACCGGCUGUGCACGACCCUACGUCUGACACCAGUGAUGCUGGCAAUGCGAAUGAGACGCACUCAGAAGAGCAUUCGGAGGAAGGGGGUCCGAUCACCACCUUACCCAUCGUCAGCUGGAAGUGGCACCAUGUGGAGACCCCCUACAUAGUUGCACUUUGGGUCCUGGUCUGCUGGCUCUGCAAACUGGUGAUUGAGGCUAACCACCAUGUGACCAACGUGAUCCCGGAGAGUGCCUUGCUCAUCUGUUUCGGGUUCAUUUUGGGCGGCAUCAUUUGGGGGGCAGACAAAGUCCAGACCUUCAGUCUCACACCCACAGUCUUCUUCUUCUACCUUCUGCCCCAAAUCAUCCUGGACGCAGGGUACUUUAUGCCCAAUAAGCUGUUCUUCUCUAACCUGGGGGGCAUCCUGAUCCACGCAAUCAUCGGAACAUGCUGGAACGCAGCCACUGUGGGCCUGUCGCUAUGGGGAUGCCACGUGGGAGGGGCCAUGGGUGACAUAGAUAUUGGGCUGCUUCAGUACCUGUUGUAUGGAAGUCUGCUCUCGGCUGUGGACCCUGUGGCCGUGAUCGCAGUUUUUGAGCAGGUCCAUGUGAACGAAGUCCUGUUUAUCAUGGUGUUUGGAGAGUCUCUACUGAAUGAUGGAGUCACUGUGGUGCUAUUCAACGUUUUUGAUGCAUUUGUGUCUCUGGGAGGAGCUGAAAUCGAUGCAGCAGAGAUCAUCAAAGGAAUUAUUUCCUUCUUUGUUGUGGCGUUCGGAGGGGCUCUGGUUGGGGUGGUUUUUGGAUUAUUGUUGUCUCUUUUGACGCGUUGCACCAAAAACAUUCAGAUAAUUGAACCUGGGUUUGUGUUCGUCCUGGGAUACCUGUCCUACCUGACAGCGGAGAUGCUCUCACUGUCGGCCAUCCUCUCGAUUACAUUCUGUGGCGUGUGCUGUCAGAAGUACAUAAAUGCAAACAUGGAUGAGAAGUCGGUUACGACAGUGCGCUACGCCAUGAAGGUUUUUGCUAAUGGCUCGGAGACUAUGAUCUUUGUGUUCCUCGGAAUCUCGGCCAUUGACAAAACCAUCUGGGUCUGGAAUACCGGCUUCAUCCUGCUCACACUGCUGUUUGUGUUCGUCUACAGAUGCAUUGGUGUGUUUUUCUUGACCUGGAUUCAGAACAAAUUCAGGCUGGUGCCACUGGACUUCACAGACCGGCUCAUCAUGAGCUACGGUGGCCUGCGGGGGGCAGUAGCGUAUGGACUCGCUGUGCUGCUAGAUGAGAACAAAAUUAAAGAGAGGCCUUUGAUGAUCGGGACCACCCUGAUAGUGGUGUACUUCACUGUCAUUUUACAGGGAAUAACCAUGAAACCUCUGGUCACAUGGCUAAAAGUAAAAAGAGCUACUUCUUCUGACCUCAUGCUCAUUGGAAAAGUGCAGAACAAGGUGUUUGAUCACUUGUUGGUGGCAAUUGAAGACAUCUCAGGCCAAAAGGGACAUAACUACAUGAGGGACAAGUGGAAUAACUUCGAGAGUAAAUGGCUUUCCUGGAUUUUGAUGAAGCCUUCAGCGAGAAAGAAGCACGAUCAUGUGUUUGACGUUUUCCACCAACUCAACCUAAGAGACGCUCUGGACUAUGUGGCCGAGGGUGAAUGUAAGGGCAGUCUGGAGUUUAUUCGAAAUGAAACCGCUUACAUUGACUUCAGGAAGAAGUUUGGGGAUGAUUUUUCAGACAUCUCAAUGCCUGACAUCACGAUUGACAUGGGAGACACAACUAUUGCUAAUCCAUACACAAGACAAGACACCUUUAGACGAGACACUGUGCCUUCUAUUAGUUUGGAAAUGCAUGAACAGACAAUGAAUGGACUGAGAGAGUCAGAGGACAUGAACACGCAUCACCUACUGCAACAGCAUCUGUACAAGGGCCGGAAACAGCAUCGUCAUAGAUACAGCCGGAGCCACUUUGAUGUGAACCAGGAUGAAAAUGAGGUUCAGGAGAUUUUCCAGAGAACAAUGAGAAACCGUUUGGAAUCAUUCAAAUCGGGCAAGAUGGGAGUCACACCCCCAAAGACCAUCACCAAGCACUCCAAGAAAGACACACAACAGAAGAUGCCCAAUGGUAAAUCAAUGGACAAAACAAGAAGCUAUCAUUCUGGUGAUGAAGAUUUUGAGUUUUCAGAGGAGAGCAGUGCUUCUGGAUACACAGGAUCUAUUCCCAGAGUGUCCUACACAGCUGGAGUUGGCAUAGAGAACCCGGCCUUCAUGCCCGACCUGGACCCCAUGGCGCCGGUGCAAAUCCCGCCUUGGUUAGCCGAGGGGGAGACGGACAGUGCCACAGUCGCCCCGUCACAGAGAGCUCAGGCCGGACUGCCCUGGACUCCCAGUAACCUGCGCCGCCUUGCCCCCCUCCGAAUCAGCACCCGCUCCUCAGACUCCUUUGUGUUAGCGGACACACUACCCUCCUCUUCACGGGAGAGAGAUGAACUCCCUCCUCCUCCCUCCCCUCCUCCCUCUCCUCCUCACUCUUAGAAAAAACAAGCACUGCUUUCACACUUACUUUGCACAGACACCACGUAAAAAACUGUGACUGAAGGAUUCACAUUGUAGCUUCUCUGGUGGAGGGUCUGCGACCAGCUUGUCUCCUUGGAGGUAUUAUUGCGCUUGACUGCAAGAUUCCAAAGUAUGGUAUUAUAAGUCUCUAUCUAUGGGGACAAGCAUGUCUGUCCACCAGAAAAGUUGCAGGUCAGACCUGUGGACAGACAGUCCUGCUGCAGUAAAGAUUUUUUUUUUAGGCUAAUCAAAUUAUUUUUUAACACUUACCAUUGAAUUAAUGCAAGAUGGGUACAUUUAAUGCCAUACUAUGUAACAUUUCGGGUUAAAGAAAUAAUAUCUCCAUGAAGACAAGCAGAUGGAGGACCCCAGAAAAAUUACAUAAUGUACCUUCAUCCCACAAAACAAUCUACACUGGACCAGGACUAAACCAGGACUAGAAUAGGACCAAACCAAGUCUAGAUCACAACUAAACAGGGCUAAAACCAGAACCAAACCAAGACAAGUGUGAACUCUUCCAUAAUGGCUCCCCUCAAAUCUAACUCAGGUCCAAGCUCAGACUUUGCACUGUCUCCUCUCAGAAUAUUGAACAAGGAGUGUUGUUUUUCAUGCCAUUCUUUAAUCUAGACAAAACAUUCCCAGUCACGGAACCUUUGAGCUGUUGGGAAAUUUCACUCAAUGUUAAACCACAUGUGAACUGCAUUAUUUGAGUUUGAACCUUGUCGUGCUUCAAGCGUGCGUUCAAAACCCUAAAAACCUUCCCCAGUGUGAUGUAAUUUCAAAAGUUGACUUAAUGUGUAGGUCUAGUAAAUGGUUGAUUUUAAUGUAAUAAUCAAAUGAUGCUGCCUUUUUCUGUUACUGUUUUUUGGUUGGUUUCAGAACGAAAAUGUUUGAAGUCAUUUGUAAGUUUUAUUCAUAUAAAAUGAGCCUGUGCAUAAAUAAAUUGUGAUAUUAUAUGUUUAAUCUGUGGUAAAAGAGUUUAAUUUAUUUUAUUAAAGACCUGAAACAGAAAAAAGACAGAGGGUUUUUCUUGUUUGUUUGUUUUGAGAAAUGGAAUAUAAAUACAAACCAAAUAUUAUGUUUUUUAUGCAUAAAUCAAAAUUAAAGACAAGUUACUGUUAGGACAAUCGAGCUCUAGCAAGGAUGGACAUGUUAAAGACCAUUUUCUUGUGAAAUAGCAAAAUAUAUUAUCCCUGAGUUAUUAGGAAAAAAGUAAUGUUGUAUGUAAUGUAAUGCACAAAAUGGAUCACAAUAAAAUGUUCAGUAAUAACAUUGACACCACAUUCAGCUUU